CUAGAGAGAGAAAAAAAAGUGUAUAGAGAGAGUGUUCCGUUUUAAGUUCUAACCAGGGUUAAUUAUCUAACCAGGCUUCACGCGGUAAAGUUCUUCGCUGCUCUGAGAGGGAGAGGGAGAGGAACAUUCGGAGAAGAGAGAGAGAAUAUACAGAUUUAGAGAGAGACAGUGUUGAGCACAUAGACGAAGAACGGAAGUGAAAGUGGGUGUUUCUUUGGCUUGGACAAGAGCUUUUCAGGAACAAUCGGUCUGAUCCUAGCUGUUGAAGCUUCCGAUUCGGACUGUUGGCAUUUCUAUCUACGAACGUCGGUCGACGGUCGGCUGAUUGUCGUUCUCUGUUUGUGAUUCUCUCAGAUCUCGAUGUCUGAUUGUUGUCUCCUGCUUAAUCUGCUUCAGAUGGCCUUUUAGAUGUAGUGUGAUCAAGCUGCCCUCUCUGUCGGUCAUUAUCCAGUGCUAUGAUUUCUUCUGUUUUGAGAACUAUGGGGAUGAUUUAAGUUCCACUUUUCUGAUUCAUGAUUGUUUCGGCUUCAUAUUCCUUUUUCAUUCGAGUGCAACCAGCUUCUGAGUUUGGCGCUAUCCUGAGUGAGAGGAAAAAGCUCCCUUUUGCUGCCAUCUCUGUUGCUGGCAGCAGAAAUUGUUGGUAUUACUUUUCCUUUCAUGUCUCCUAACUUGGACAGCCCUGUUCAGACCCAGAUGGCAGUGUCAGUCUUCAACAACCCUCUUAGUGGGGAGUACCAUGGAAGCAAGAGGAUGGAAGGGAAACCUGCGGGGAGGAGACGUGUUUUUGUGCAAACAGAUAGGGGUUGUGUGUUAGGGAUGGAGUUGGAUCGGAGUGACAAUGCACAUACUGUGAAGAGAAGGUUGCAACUAGCCUUUAAUGUUCCAACUGAAGAGAGUUCCUUGACAUUUGGUGAUAUGGUGUUAAAGAAUGACCUUAGUGCCAUUCGAAAUGAUUCCCCUCUUCUUCUGACACGGAAUUUACUUCAUAGAAGUUCAUCAACUCCAUGUCUUUCACCCACUGGGAGGGAAAUUCAACAGAGAGAUUAUAGUGGUCCAAUUGAGAUAUUAGGGUACUCAAAUAGCUUUGGCAGAACAAAACAACUUAUCAAGGAUAUUGUUAAGGCGAUGAAAACUGGGGUUGAUCCAAUCCCUGUCCAUAGUGGGCUUGGAGGUGCAUACUAUUUUAGAAACAGCAGGGGUGAGAGUGUUGCAAUUGUGAAGCCAACGGAUGAAGAACCUUUUGCACCUAACAAUCCAAAAGGAUUUGUGGGUAAAGCUCUUGGACAACCAGGCUUAAAACGUUCUGUGCGGGUUGGGGAAACAGGUUUCAGAGAAGUUGCGGCUUAUCUUCUCGACUAUGGUCACUUUGCUAAUGUACCGCCCACUGUACUGGUGAAGAUUACCCACUCAAUCUUCAACGUCAAUGAUGUAAAUGGAAAUAAGCUUCAAAACAAGAAUCUGGUUAGCAAGAUAGCUUCCUUCCAAGAGUUUAUCCCUCAUGAUUUUGAUGCCAGUGAUCAUGGGACUUCAAGCUUUCCCGUUGCUGCUGUUCAUAGAAUCGGGAUAUUGGACAUUAGGAUUUUCAAUACAGACAGGCAUGCAGGGAACCUUCUGGUUAGGAAGCUUGAUGGUGUUGGGAGGUUUGGUCAAGUGGAACUCUUUCCAAUUGAUCAUGGCCUUUGUCUGCCGGAAAGCUUAGAGGAUCCAUACUUUGAGUGGAUCCAUUGGCCCCAGGCUUCAAUUCCUUUCUCGGAGGAUGAGCUUGCGUACAUUAAUAAUCUUGAUCCUCAAGCGGACUCAGAGAUGCUUCGAAGGGAGCUCCCCAUGAUUCGAGAGGCUUGCCUCAGGGUCUUGGAUUUGUGUACAAUUUUCCUCAAGGAAGCUGCUGCUUUUGGUCUUUGUCUUGCUGAGAUCGGUGAGAUGAUGAGCAGGGAAUUUCAUUGUGGCGAGGAGGAACCUAGUGAGCUCGAGGUUGUCUGUAUUGAGGCAAGGAAGCUGUUAGCAGAGAGGGAGGUGUUAUCUCCCAAGGCUGAAGCUGGAGACCUGGAGUAUCUAUUUGAUAUAGACUUUGAAGAAGCAGAAUUUGACUUUUCUCCAAAAAUGGCAUCAGAUGACUUCAUGACCAGAGCACCAUUCCAUUUUGGAUUUGGAAGUGGUAAUGGUCGUUCUCCACUUUCUAAGCUGGAGGAAAGCAUCGAGGAAGAAGAGGAAAGCGAAGGAGAAGACAGAUCGGGAUUUGUAGGCCUUAAGGCUCCUAGAAUGAUCCCAACUGUUCCAAUGCUAUCCAUGUCCCUCAAGAAUACCAGUUUGGGUGAAAAGAAUCAGAAGAAGUUUCAAGGAUCUAAAAUAGAAAAUGGCUAUAUGACAAAUUCAUCAUCAUCUGGGCACCGGAGUGCAAAUGAGCAGCUUCCUGCAAGCGUGACUUUCGUGAAGCUAGCAGACAUGAAUGAGGAGGAAUGGGCCAUGUUUGUAGAGAAGUUCCGAGGGCUGCUGUCCCCAGCAUUCGCCAAGCGGAAGUCCGUGACCCUUGGCCAGAGGCAGAGACAGAGGCUUGGGACUUCAUGCCAGUUUUGAGAAUUAGUUAUUACUAUAUGUUGGUAGAAUAAGACUGCAGGUUUGUGGGAGUGAAGGGUUCUUAGGGGGGUAGGCUUGGUUUGUGGGUUUUCUCCUCGGUAGGUGUAGUUGGAAGUAAUUGUAGGAUUAAGUUCUGUAAAUGUUCUUAAAGGCUCCAGAGUGAAAGGGCUGACUAGAAUUGGUUGUAUUUUUUCCUUUAAAAGUUUUUUUUUUUUUUUUUUUCCUUCAUCACUCCUUAUGAACUUGUUUCAUAAAUAAUUUGUAGAAUGAAAUCUUUAAAAAGAACUUUUAUGUAAAUAUUGGACUCCUUGUUUCU